AAUAUAUUCAAAUUCAUAUGCAAACGUGGAUGAUUCUGUUGAUAAUAAACAGUAAAAUAUGUGAAUAUUAUGGUAUUGUUUGCAUUGCUUCAAAUAUGACUAGGAAUCCAGGGAAGCCUUCCCACUCAGUAGUCAUCAGAAGUCAACUUGCUGUUCAAGUAUGAUGCAGAAGCUUUUGGCCAUGGUGCUUCUCUUUCUUCUCUGUUUCUUCUUGGCUGCUGCAUCGGCCUCACCGUCGCCCACCGUCAUUGUCAUCGGAGCCGGAAUUUCAGGAAUUGCAGCAGCAAAAACGCUACAUGAGGCAGGGAUUCAUGAUAUGUUGAUUGUAGAGGCAACUCCUAGGAUUGGUGGUCGUCUCAUGAAAACUCAAUUUAGUGGACUUACUGUUGAGAAGGGUGCCAAUUGGCUUUUUGGUGGGGGGCCUGUGGCCAAUCCCUUGCUGGACAUUGCCAAAAAACUUAAGCUCAGAACUUCCCUCAAUGACUAUGAAAAUCUCACAUCAAACACCUAUAAACAAGAAGGUGGACUAUACCCUUCCAAGCUGGUAGAGGAAAUUGAUAAGGUUGCCACCGCCAGAGAUGAUUUCUGUGAAAAGUUUUCGAAAAAAUUGUCAUCCAAAAAGAAGGAUGUUGAUGUUUCAAUUUUGGCAGCACAGCGAAUAUUCAAACAGGUGCCCAAAACCCCACUUGAAAUGGUGAUCGACUUCUAUCACAAUGAUUAUGAAGACGCAGAGCCACCAAAAGUGACUAGUUUGAAGCACACUUACCCUCGAAACGAGUUUGUAGACCAUGGAGAGGAUCCAUACUUCGUGGCUGAUCCGAGAGGCUUUGAGAUUGUAGUUCAGUAUCUUGCUAAGCAGUUCCUUUCUUCUUUGACAAGUGAUCCCAGGCUUAAGCUAAAUAAGGUAGUUAGAGAGAUAAGCUACUCAAAGAGCGGAGUUACCAUAAAAACUGAAGAUGGUUCCACAUACAAUUCCAAGUAUGUUAUCGUAUCUGUCAGCCUUGGAGUUCUUCAGAGUGACCUAAUUGAGUUCCAGCCCACUUUACCGCUAUGGAAAAGAAUUGCAAUAUCAGACUUUGGCAUGACCAUAUAUACCAAGAUCUUUCUAAAGUUCCCUUACAAGUUCUGGCCUUCCGGCCCUGGAACCGAGUUCUUCCUCUACACCCAUGUGAGGCGUGGAUACUAUCCACUUUGGCAGCAUCUGGAGAAUGAAUAUCCAGGAUCAAAUAUAUUGUUUGUAACGGUAACAGCUGAUGAGUCAAGGAGAAUAGAGCAAUUGCCUGAUGAAGCAAUUGAAGCAGAGAUAAUGGUAAUACUUAAAAAGUUGUUUGGGGAUAACAUUCCAAAACCAGAAUCCAUUCUCGUACCUAGAUGGGGCUUGGACAGGUUCUACAAGGGCAGCUUUUCUAAUUGGCCUGAUAGCUACAGUCAAAAACGCAAAGACCAAUUGGCGGAUCCUAUUGGUCCUGUAUACUUCACAGGGGAGCACACCAGCAAUAAAUAUAUAGGAUAUGCUACUGGUGCUUAUUUUGCAGGUAUCGACACUGCAAAUGAUUUAAUCGAGUGCUUCAAGAAAAAAUCUUGCAGGGGCUAUAAUAGAAACAGAUGGCAUUAAGAUGGGAAUGCUAGCCCCUGGCCAGCAUCCGAAGGUUCAAAUAUGAGAUGAGCAACAGCAAAGAGUUGCUUUCCAACCCAUAACAACAUUGAAGUCGUCUCUUGCACAAUGUCCUAUCUACUUUGUGUUUUAUUUGAUCCCAUUAUUACUAUGUAUAAGAACUUUAUUUUCCAGUCCGAAAUUGUAUGUACCAUGAAUUCAUUAUAAUUAUUGAUUAUAGUGAGAUUCAAGUAAAACUAAAAAUAAUUAAUGAUUAUAAUCAAUUUAUUGUA